AUGCUGCGACGACAAGCACGUUUACGAAGGGAAUACAUUUAUAGAAAAACUAUUGAAGAACGAGAGAGGACUAUUCAAGAGAAAAAGGACAAACUCAAGAAUGCAAUUGACGAAAACAAACAGAUCCCAACAGCCCUUAAAGCUGAUGCUAUAUCUUUACAGAAGACAUUGAAUUGGGAGGAUGAAGGUGCAGACGGUCUGACCACAAGUAUUGAUGAUGAGUACCGCUGGGCAGGAGUAGAGGACCCUAAGAUAAUGAUAACCACAUCUCGAGACCCCAGCUCCAAGCUGAAGCAGUUUGCCAAGGAGAUGAAGCUGGUAUUUCCCAACUCCCAGAGAAUUAACAGAGGCAACUACAGGAUGGAGCAGCUGAUGGAUGCCUGUAGGGCUAAUGACAUCACAGAUGUCAUCAUGGUUCAGGAGCACCGAGGUGUUCCAGAUGGCCUUGUUGUCUGCCAUUUACCAUAUGGCCCGACAGCGUUCUUCACACUGGCAAAUGUUGUGAUGCGACAUGAUAUCCCAGACGUGGGCACCAUGUCUGAGGCCUACCCUCAUCUCAUCUUCAGAAACUUCACAUCUAAGUUGGGUUUGAGGGUCAAGGACAUCUUGCGGUACCUAUUUCCUGUCCCUAAAGAAGACUCUAGGAGAGUGAUGACGUUUGGAGUUGAAGAUGAUUAUAUUUCCUUUCGGCACCACAUCUACAAGUUUGAAGAGAGGCAGGUGCAGCUGAAAGAAGUGGGGCCGAGAUUUGAAAUGAAAUUGUACAAGAUAGUCCGAGGAACCGCAGACAAACUAAACAUUGCUGAUGAUGAGUGGGUGCACAGACCAUACAUGAACACCGCCCGCAAGAGAAAGUUUUUGUCUGCAGAAUAG